UCCUCUUCUGAAAAGUCCCCAGAUCCAGUGAAAUUUCGCUCGCCCAUCUGUCCAUGACAGUAACAAAUCGGAAACACCUGCCGACAUCUGACCUGUCAAGUCAAGGUAACCUUGGUCAAAUCUGAGGUACGAUCUUCAGAGCCCUCAGACUAAUGUCUGCAGCAUCUCCAAUCGUGCUCCUUGUACCAUAGAUACAAUAGAUGAACGUGCCCUGAAAGUGCCUCUGCUCCAACCUCUUCAGCCUUAAGCAGUCGAAAAUCAAACAUAACCUAAACGGAGAUUCCAAUCUUUAACAUACACAGCUGUCCAGUGUCUCUGUCAAAUUUGACGAUAAAGCUCUUCCGAUUCCAAGAAGAAACUUCUUCGGUGUUUUUCCCUGUAACCAAAGUGACAUCACCAGAAAUACCAAUAUCUGUCAAACGUGCUCCCCAGGUUCUCACCCCCUUAUUUUCUUUUAUCGCCAGUAAAUUUUAUCUCCAAAAUUGAGAAAAAUGUCGAAACCCCCCGAAUUUACACUUCCGCGUGCCCCAGAGGACCUCAGUUUCAAGUCCUCUGACUUUAUCGCCCCCGACUUCGACGUUGACAACUUCCUCCAUGACCACCGUAAGCUCGCAACCCUCGAGACAAUGCGUGACGACUUGGGAGUCUACCUGAAGAUUCUUCGAUCAGCAAUGAUCGAGCUGAUCAACAAGGAUUACGCGGAUUUUGUGAAUCUCUCGAAGGACCUGAUAGGUCUAGACAAGGCGAUUGACCACCUAGAGUCACCGCUGGGGCAGAUUCGCGAGGAAGUGCUACAGAUACGCCAGACACUGGAUACAGCGACAGUGGAGAUGUCAGAAGGCCUCAACGAGCACCGGAGGAUCAGAGAAGAAAAACAGUGCAUGUACAGUUUGGGGAGAGUCUACAAGUCUCUGGCGAAGUUAAAGGUGAUCCUGGGGGGAAACGCCUCCCAUCAGCAUCAGCUGGAUCGUCUGGAGCGCGCGGCGACAGAGUACAAUCAACUGAAGUUCCAUUCCUCGAGGUGCAGUCAGUACGUCUCGUUGGAGAUUGAACGCAGUGUCAGCGAACUGGAGAACAAUCUAAUGACAACGCUGGCUGAUCAGCUGCUUGAGAUCCUACAGGGGAAUGAGCGGGUGGAAGCAAAACUGGGGAGGUGCCUCAGGAUUUAUGUGAGCAUGGGGAAGGUCACGGAGGCUGAGGAGCUGGUGAGAAGGAGAAUUGUCAAUCCUGCUGUUGAGGAGGUUAUCGUUGAAAAGAAUAUUUAUAAUGAACCUAGGGGGCUUCAGGGACUCUAUGAUAAACUGCUGCAAGUUCUGAAGGGCGAAAUGAAGAGUCUCAUUGCCCUCGAGGGGAGCUUGGACUCUGACCCGGGGAAGGGAUUCAAUUUUAUCGUUAAAUCUUAUUGGGUGGAAGUGGAAGAGAAAGUCGAGUUGCGACUGAAAUCUAUUUUCGCAGCUGGUAAUCCUGAUCUCUUUCAUCAGCGAUACACGGAGACCCUGGAUUACCUGAAGAGUAUAGAGAGCCAUUGCAGCACUCCUCGGAUUCUAUCAGAAUUGAAGUCCCACCCUCUCUACCUCCAGUUCCUCAAGAAAUGGAACCUUCCAGUUUACUUUCAGAUUCGUUUUCAGGAGAUAGCGGGUAGUGUUGAACAGAUUCUGGGUGAAUCUGCGUCACCAGGCGUGAUAAAACCUCGUGGAAGGACUGAGGAAUUCACCCUGAAUCCCACCGAGGUCGUUUGGGGGUGCCUGGAGAAGUGCUGGAAUAAUGGAAUCUUCCUGACACAGUUGCUGCAUCAGUUCUGGAAGCUCAAUCUCCAGAUUUGCUCGAGGUUCAGGGUGUGGGUGAAGGGUAGCCUGAAGCAGACGUGGAUCUGGAACAAUGAAGGUACCCAGGGGGUAUCGGGAGUUCCCAGCAGACUGGAGUUCCUGGUCUAUCUCCACUCCGAUGUCAUAAAAUUCGAGGAAAAGUGUGAGAAAUUGUUGGCAUUUGCUGAGGAGAAAGUGGGAAGUCUUUUUUGUCAAGUAGAAGACGUACUGAGAGCCUCCAUCGACGAGAUGAGGAGUGGAUUGAGGACAGAACUGCCGGAAAUCAGUGGAGAGAUUGUCAAGGAACUCUUGGGAAAGAGCCUGGAAAGUCUGAAGCAGGUCAGCGAUAUCCCCAGGCUUUUCAGGAGAACUAUGCGAGAAAGGCCCACCCAGGCUUGUGCAUAUGUCAGGAGUGCUAUUGGGGGUCUCAAAGAGUUCCGGGAGACGUACCAGAGCGUCGAACAACAGGUGGUCGAUCAAUGGCUGCUCAUGGCGUUGUCUCAGCUUUCUGAACAGUAUUUUGUUUCAGUCAAGGAUGUGCUGGAGUCAGUACAGAAGACCGAGGAGAGCCUUCGGAGGCUCAAGAAAAUUAGGGACAAAUCGUCAGGUGCAACUCUACCUGAAACCCAGGGAAUUACUGAUGAUGAAAAAAUCAGAGUUCAGUUGGAAAUUGAUGUUCAUACGUUUUGUGAUUCGGUGAAGUCCUUUAAUAUAGAUGUCUCGAGUAUUGAGAAGUUGGAGGAGUUGAGACUGAUUGUCGAGGCUGCUGUGAAAAGUAGAAGCUGAAGAGAAAGAGGAAUUAAAAAAUUGGAAACAAAAAUUGAAAAAAGAGUAGUCAUCUCCACUUGUGUACAAUAAAAAAUUCUCUAUGUAGAGCAUAAAGUACUAUCGGAAAAGAUUAUUAACUGCAAAUAAAGUUCUAUUGUUUUUCAA